CGGGCUGAUGAAUCAACGAAAGAAUUAUGGUGGACAGUUGCCGGCUGUCGUGUUGCUGACAUUGCUGACACUGACGCUUGGUAAGGCGGCGGUAGCUCAAGCUGCCCUCUCCAUCGAGACCUUUCAGCUACCCAAAGGACCCGCACAAAAUCUCCUGUACGUCAAUCUGUCGCGAGGCUACGGUGUCGUGGUCGUGGGCGGAAGAAACACCCUCUACGCACUGUCGCCUGACUUAUCGCUCAGAGCGCUUUACAGUACGGGCCCUGAGAACGACAGCGCGCUGUGCCCACCUCAUCCUCUCCCGUGCGAACACAGUCGAAAUGUGACGGAUAACUACAACCGUAUCCUGCUGCAAAUCGGCACCGAACCGUCCAUUCUGGCCUGCGGGGUUACGUCGCAGGGAAUGUGCUCGAUUCACGACCCUUUUCUCAGCCCGAAUGUCGCGACGCCCAUGGACAAAAACCUGACAGACAACUACGUUGCUUCGAAGAAGAGCACCGUGGCCUUCUUCGGCACCGGGGAUGACGGGAGAAUGGUCCUCUUUUCCGCAUCGGCUCCGGAUGGCCGGCCUGCGGAGUACCGUCUUUUCACCGUGGCUGCCAGAGUGCUCAACACGUCGGGCUCCUUCAGAAUGCUUUCUCACACACGGGUGACCUCUGCGGACGGGAGCGAUAGGCUAAAGGCGGCCCAAACGCUUCGCUUUGUCUACGGCUUCAGCCACAACGGCUUCGCUUACUUCGUCGUAGUGCAGAAGGUGCAGAAGGCGUUUCAGUUCUUCUUCGAGACGCGGCUGGCGCGCGUAUGCGAGAACGACGAGUCAUCCUUCCGCACGUACGUGGAGGUACCCAUCAUGUGCCCCCCGGCGGACGGCGCGCUGUCGGCGGCCACCAGUGCCUACUUGGGGCCGUCGAAGUCUGCAAGCGGUGGUGGCACCGGUGAGAACGGCAGCACCGACUUUCUUGCAGUGGCUUUCGGAGGGGUUCCCGCCAGCAGGAUGAACUCAAACUACCUGAGACUGAGUUCGUCGAGUUCGGUGGUCUGCUUUUUCGAUAUGAAAAACGUUGAGGACAGAUUCAGGGAGACUGUCGAAAACUGCGACAAGGGAUGGUCGAGCGCGAGACUGUCGCACCUCUACCACAACGAUGGCGACAAUCUCAAGUGUUCCCAUCACCUGCUGCUGCGGGAUGAUUCAACACGGUUGCUCGCAUCAUUGGACCUGUCGAAGGUAUGUCGCGUAUUGGUCGGAGGCCGCAAGAUGCUGUGUCCCGGGACGUCGCUGCUCCAGUUCUCAGUGAUCAGCGAAGCCGAGUUGCGGAAGCACCGGUUUGCCGUGCCAGCGUUCAUCAGCUUCCUCAUGGACGGACUGCACCUGCCUCCCAUCCACCUCGGAAGAGGCGGAUACUUCAAGUUUGACUACUUGCCGACGUCUGAACUAGACAGAUACACCGAGCAGGAAGCCUCUGCUAACGUCCCACUGGCCACUACCCGAACGGAUAAUGCAACGUUCGCUGGUGUUAAACCAUGGUAUGGCCCAGCAGCUGGAGGAACUAACAUCACUCUCUUUGGAACAAACCUCGACACUGGGACAGAAAGAAGCGUGAUAAUCGGUGGAGGCAAAUGCACGAUCUACAGUCACUUGAACCAGGAGAUGCAGAUCGUCCUCACUAUAGAUGGCACGGACGUUCCUUUUAUUCCAAAAAGAAACCUGAGCUCCAAGUUCACCUACAAACCUGACCCCAUCAUCGACGACGUGACACCGAGGAGGUCUACUUUCAGUGGGAACUUCUCUCUUGAGGUUACGGGCGCCCAUUUGGACAGCGUGGCUCAACCUGCCAUCGUCACUCGAGUGAACUCUCUGAACCAAGAGCAGAAAGAGAACAUAAGAAAGGAAUGCCGUGUCGUAGAGGGAGGCGUCAAGAUGCAGUGCCCUGGCACUUCACUUAUGGAGUCAUCUGUUAUCAGCCCCAGCGAGUUGAAGGGACUGAACGACUCUGUUCUGGUGUGGAUCAGUUUCCAAAUGGAUGGGCUGCAUCUUCCACAGGCCAUCGACGGCGGCAAUGGACAUUUCACCUUCGUCUACCAACCAGAGCCACAGUUUAUGAGGUUUCCGGAAAUGGAACGUGGCGUCGACCCCAGCGAACUCGCAGUUGAAAUUACGGGAAACCACUUCGAACUUUUUAUGAUGGACGAUGAGCAUGUUCUCGUGCGUGUGAAUGGCUUGGACGACGCCUGCGAUGUCACCAAUGUCAGGUCGCACUCAAUUGUUUGCAAGAUGAAGCCUGGCGUUCUGGAACAAGAGUCACCUUGCGCGUUAGAAGUGGUGUACGCGGGACAGAGCUACCCGGUUGGUGCCGUCAAGCUGAUGACAGCUGAGCAGCCGGGUCCUCGCGUCGGUAUCAUCGCUGGCUCAACGGUGGCUACCGCGCUUGCAGCGGUGCUCACCGGCGUGGGAGUCCUUUUGUGCCGCCGACGACGUCAACGAGUCGAAGGCACCUGGCAAACCAGCUACGUCGUUAGCUUCGGCCAGCGUCACAACAAGAGCGACUCUCUGGCUAACGCAUCCAAUCGCUACUUUCGACAAGGCAACGUUGACGCCCAACAAGCACUUAUGGAGGCCCCAUUUGACAUAGAUGAAGAAACCAGAACGAUGCUUCAAAGAGAAAACUUACUCAUCGAUCGAGGGUGGCUUCACUUGGGUCGUGUCAUCGGGCAAGGUCACUUCGGUUGUGUCUACCGUGGGACUAUCAAACAAGACAAAGGUCAAGUUCAAGAGGUUGCAGUUAAAACUCUACAUAACAACUCUCGCGGUGGUGAAGUUGACAGCACGGCGUUCUUGGAGGAAGCACUCAUCAUGAAGGACUUUCACCACGUAAAUGUGCUUCCGCUCAUCGGGUUGAGCAUCGACAAGGUGGACGGCCUCAUGGUUAUCACACCCUUCAUGAAAUACGGUGACCUGCUGUCCUACAUACGAGACGACAGAAAUACACCCACAAUAAAACAACUGAUAACAUUUGGAGUCCAUGUGGCCGAAGGUAUGAAGUACUUGGCUGAAACAAAGUUCGUUCACAGGGACCUCGCAGCUCGGAACUGCAUGCUGAGCGAAGACUUUAUUGUCCGUGUCGCUGACUUCGGCCUCUCCCGCGAUGUUUAUGAGAAGGACUACUACAGUGGGGAUAAUAAGAAGACUAAGCUGCCCGUGAAGUGGAUGGCACCAGAGAGCUUGGAGAAAGGGAUCUACAGUCCCAAGACCGACGUGUGGUCGUACGGAGUGCUUUUAUGGGAGCUGAUAACUCGCGGAGUGACACCUUAUCCUGAAGUGGACAACUGGGACAUCGUAGACUUCCUCAAACGAGGACGCCGGAUGAAGCAACCAAGCUUCUGCCCCGAUGAGUUGUACGACAUUAUGCUCAAGUGCUGGCAGGAGGACCCUAAAAAGAGACCUUCGUUCGCAAAGCUCGUCACAGAGAUCCCGAACCUCGUCGCCCGCCUCGAGAAGAAAAAGAGAAAUAAGCGACUCGGUUUGAACGUGACUUACAUCAACUGCCCACGCCCCCAGCCUGCCGAAGAGACCGGGUCAUCGACAGAAUCUAGCCCUAUUUAGACCACGUGUUCUGUUGACUGGGUUUCCUCCACCGCAGGUCAAUGUACGAAACAGCGUUCUCGUUCAAAGCGGAAAUUUUCAGCGCACUGGUUUACAACACUGCAACAACGCGAUCAGGUCAGAAGGGUAGUGCAUAUUUGGGAAGAGGACUAAACAAGAGUUCAAAAGCAAUAAGCUCCGCUCCCUGUAUCUUGUCGUUCUAUGUCCUGUGUCUACGCUGCUCUAGGCUAUAUAUUCAUUUAGAACGCAUCCUUCAAGAAGGGCGCUAUCCAUUACACGCAGGCUGAGGUAAAAAUCACUUUCAUGACCAAUACAUAGACAUACUUCGUUUAUCUGGUCGUCUGAUAAAGCUUAUCUGUUUCGUUCACUGCAAUCUCUUCAACACCGUGCAACACAUCACAUAACGCAUAACAGAUACAUCAGCGUGACACAAACGUUCUGUUAUCAUGAUUGCUAUCGUCUAGAAUCUCGUAUGAACGUUUCGCUUCUCUGUUCGUUUGCCGGUACGUCGUCUAGCGCGGACUUCUCUGGACAGCAUCAAGCCGGCUGCACUGAAAACCGUUUUCAGAAACGAAAAUACUUGACCAUGGCCAUGCGCCUCGAUGGCGUGAAAAGCAAAGCAAGUAUUACUACAGUUGCCCCAGUCGACAGGUCUGUACAGCCAUUUGAAGACUCCUUGUUCACCAUCACGUGUGUGCGCAACUGAUUCUCUUUAUUUCGCCUUCCUUCUCUUUUUGUCCCUUUAUCCCCUUCGCUCAGUACAGGGUAACAAACCAGACGUGCGUCUGGUCCAUGUUUUCUUUCUUCUUUCCGCUUCGUGAAAUAACAAACAGCCAAAAACAAUUUGCUGUUCCCGUCUCACCUCACGCGACAUGCACCUCAUGAAGCAUGUUGGAAGCAUGUCGGCUGCCAAGAAAUUUCAGGUGACACAUGCACUUACAAUUCACCGGCACUGUCUCGCGCCGAAAUGCUUUGUAACGGUAUCCCUGAAAACACCUUUAGCAUUCGCGAAGUUAGAGCAUUUCGAAGAGAACUCACAGCCUACUUUUCAUCCGAAGCCUUAAUUUUUAAGUCAUGUAUUUCUGUGCGCAUGGCCCAUUUCAUGUUGUAUUAUACUUGUUUAACGCGAUUCUUGUGGUAUGCAUUCACACAAAACGUUUGUUUUUCUUCAACGUCUAUACUUACAAUAUUGUUCUUAACAUCUAUGUUUAAAAAUUAUGGGGUUUUACGUGCCAGAACCACUUUCUGAUUAUGAGGCACGCCGUAGUGGACGUCUCCGGAAAUUUCGACCCCCUGGGGUUCCUUAACGUGCACCUAAAUCUAAGCACACUGCUGUUUUCGCAUUUCGCCCCCAUCGAAAUGCGGCCGCCGUGGCUGGGAUUCGAUCCCGCGACCUCGUGCUCAGCAGCCCAACACCAUAGCCACUGAGCAACCACGGCUGGUAUUAACAUCCAUGUUACAGCAUUAAGUUUGGUCUAACAUAAAAGCGACUCUAUUGUACUCUCUUCCCCUCACGGAAGUUAUAGCUCUUGCCAUUAUUAUCGGAAACGAUGCAAAUUUAUUACGCAAAACACUCACUUUUAUACAAAUUCUAGGGAUAGCUAGCUUUCUGUAUACGACUGACACAAGCUUUUUAUUUUCGGCGCAUACCAGUGUCCACGCUGCCACGGACCUUUAAUUCACCUACUUAGAUUGGAAUUGGCGUGUACAGGAAGCUAUUCCUUUAUCUGAUAAUUUGCGUAAAAGUAUAGUCACCUAUGGGAGCAUCCUCAUGACUCGUCCUCUUCACAAUUGCUAGAAGAGUGCUUUGAGUUCAACGCUCAGCGGUCUUGAUAACCGUUCUUUUAAAGAAGUACUUCGACCACGGAAUGAUUCACAAGUGCAAAUAAUAGUUCUGUAAGCUUUACUGCGAUUGUUCGCGAACAGUGACAUUGUAUACGGUUAUUUACACAUUUUUUUCAGGCUUCUGAUAUCAUAUCUUCACUAACAUGUUCAUUUGCGUGUCCACGUAUUUACUCACCGGUAUUUCUCAGUAUGCGUGGUUUGUCUUUAUUGUUCACCAUUCAUUUAUUCAUUGUGUAAGUUUCUGAACCCUUGCCUGCCUUUGUGACUUGCACUUAAAUUGCUUGCUCUUUUUUUCUGAACACGUCGGUCACAUUGUACAAAGUGCAUUGUCGCUCCCACUAGAUUGCUCAUUGAUUCACGCUCAUCGACGCUAAACAUUCGUCAUUUUGUGUAUAUCAGUGAGUUUUUCUUUGUUUAUCUAGUCAUGUAAUUUUGGUCUGCACUUUUAACAAUCAAAUGUUGUCAAAAAUCUGGCCGUAAAAGUGACCAACAUAUUUAUUGUCGCCAAAUAAAGGAACCUUAUGAAAAUAAA